AUGGCGUCGCCGCUGCCACUACUCUGUCUCUGUGUCGUCGCCGCGCACCUGGCGGGGGCCCGAGAUGCCACCCCCACCGAGGAGCCCACAGCGACUGCAUUGGGCCUGGAAAGACGGUCCGUGUACCCCGGCCAGCCCUCACCAGCCCUGGAGGACUGGGAAGAGGCCAGCGAGUGGACGUCCUGGUUCAACGUGGACCACCCCGGAGGCGACGGCGACUUCGAGAGCCUGGCCGCCAUCCGCUUCUACUACGGGCCAGCGCGCGUGUGCCCGCGGCCGCUGGCGCUGGAAGCGCGCACCACGGACUGGGCCCUGCCGUCCGCCGUCGGCGAGCGCGUGCACUUGAACCCCACGCGGGGCUUCUGGUGCCUCAACCGAGAGCAACCGCAGGCCUCGUGGGGCGCGUGGGGCCCGUGGGGUCCCUGCUCGGGGAGCUGUGGGCCAGGCCGUCGUUUGCGCCGCCGCCACUGCCCAAGCCCCGCUGGGGAUGCGUGUCCCGGGCGUCCUCUGGAGGCGCAGAGGUGCGUGCGGCCUCGAUGUCCAGGGUGCGGCCUUGACACCUGUGAGUGCCCGGACCACAUCCUCCUGGGCUCAGUGGUCACCCCAUCUGGGCAACCGCUGCCAGGAGCCAGGAUCUCCCUGCGAGACCAGCCUGGCACCGUGGCCACCAGCGAUGCUCACGGAACCUUCCGGGUGCCUGGUGUCUGUGCUGACAGUCACGCCAAUAUCAGGGCCCAGAUGGAUGGCUUCUCUGCAGGGGAGGCCCAGGCCCAGGCCAACGGAUCCAUCUCUGUGGUUACCAUCAUCCUUGAUAAGCUAGAGAAGCCAUACCUGGUGAAACACCCUGAGUCCCGAGUGCGAGAGGCUGGCCAGAAUGUGACCUUCUGUUGCAAAGCCUCCGGGACCCCAAUGCCCAAGAAAUACUCCUGGUUCCACAAUGGGACCCUGCUGGACAGGCGAGCGUACAGGUACGGGGCCCACCUGGAACUCCAGGGGCUGCAUCCAGACCAGGCUGGCAUCUACCACUGCAAGGCAUGGAACGAGGCGGGUGCUGUGCGCUCGGGCACUGCCUGGCUCACUGUACUUGCCCCAGGCCAGCCAGCCUGCGACCCCCGGCCCCAAGAGUACCUGAUCAAGCUCCCUGAGGACUGUGGUCAGCCAGGCAGCGGCCCUGCCUACUUGGACGUGGGCCUCUGCCCCUACACCCACUGCCCCAGCCUGGCAGGCUCCGGCCCCCGCUGUGGGGACACCAGCUCCCGCUGCUGCUCUGUGCGCCGUCUGGAGAGAAGGGAAAUCCACUGCCCUGGCUAUGUCCUCCCGGUGAAGGUGGUGGCAGAGUGUGGCUGCCAGAAGUGUCUGCCCCGUCGGGGGCUGGUCCGGGGCCGUGUUGUGGCUGCUGACUCUGGGGAGCCGCUGCGCUUCGCCAGGAUUCUGCUGGGCCAGGAGCCCAUUGGCUUCACCGCCUACCAGGGAGACUUUACCAUCGAGGUGCCACCCUCUACCCAGCGGCUGGUGGUGACUUUUGUGGACCCCAGCGGUGAAUUCAUGGACGCUGUCCGGGUCUUGCCUUUUGACCCUCGAGGUGCCGGCGUAUACCACGAGGUCAAGGCCAUGCGGAAGAAAGCACCGGUCAUUUUAGAUGCCAGCCAGAGCAACACGAUCCCCCUGGGCGAGCUGGAAGAUGAGGCGCCCCUGGGCGAGCUGGUCCUGCCUUCUGGAGCCUUCCACAGAGCCGACGGCAAACCCUACUCAGGGCCUGUGGAGGCUCGGGUGACGUUCGUGGAUCCCCGAGACCUCACCUCGGCGGCAUCCGCCCCCAGUGACCUGCGCUUCAUGGACAGCGACGGCGAGCUGGCUCCGCUGCGCACCUACGGCAUGUUCUCCGUGGACCUCCGUGCGCCCGGCUCCGCGGAGCAGCUGCAGGUGGGGCCAGUGGCCGUGCGGGUGGCCGCCAGCCAGAUCCACAUGCCGGGCCACGUAGAGUCCCUCAAGCUGUGGUCGCUGAACCCCGAGACCGGCUUGUGGGAGGAGGAGAGCGGCUUCCGGCGCGAGGGGUCCUCGGGUCCCCGGGUGCGCCGCGAGGAGCGCAUCUUCCUGGUCGGCAACGUGGAGAUCCGGGAGAGGCGCCUGUUCAACCUGGACGUGCCUGAGCGCCGCCGCUGCUUCGUGAAGGUGCGCGCCUACGCCAACGACAAGUUCAACCCCAGCGAGCAGGUGGAGGGAGUGGUGGUCACGCUGGUCAACCUGGAGCCCGCCCCUGGCUUCUCCGCCAACCCCCGCGCCUGGGGCCGCUUCGACAGUGCGGUCACCGGCCCCAAUGGUGCCUGCCUCCCGGCCUUCUGCGACGCCGACCGGCCCGACGCCUACACCGCCCUGGUCACCGCCACCCUGGGCGGCGAGGAGCUGGAGCCAGCCCCUUCCCUGCCCCGCCCACUCCCGGCCACCGUGGGCGUCACCCAGCCCUACCUGGACAGGCUGGGGUACCGUCGGACGGACCACGACGAUCCCGCCUUCAAGCGCAACGGCUUCCGAAUCAACCUUGCCAAGCCCAGGCCAGGUGACCCCACCGAGGCCAAUGGGCCUGUGUACCCGUGGCGCAGCCUGCGGGAAUGUCAGGGGGCCCCGGUGACCGCCAGCCACUUCCGCUUCGCCAGGGUGGAGGCGGACAAGUAUGAGUACAACGUGGUGCCCUUCCGAGAGGGCACGCCUGCCUCCUGGACUGGCGAUCUCCUGGCCUGGUGGCCCAACCCGCAGGAGUUCCGGGCCUGCUUCCUCAAGGUGAAGAUACAGGGUCCCCAGGAGUACAUGGUCCGCUCCCACAACUCGGGGGGCAGCCACCCACGCACCCGAGGCCAGCUCUAUGGGCUUCGGGACGCCCGGAGCGUGCGAGACCCGGAGCGACCGGGCACCUCGGCAGCCUGCGUGGAGUUCAAGUGCAGUGGGAUGCUGUUCGACCAGCGGCAGGUGGACAGGACGCUGGUGACCAUUAUGCCCCAGGGCAGCUGCCGGCGCGUGGCCGUCAAUGGGCUCCUUCGGGAUUACCUGGCCCGGCACCCUCCGCCGGUGCCCGCGGAGGACCCAGCUGCCUUCUCCAUGCUGGCCCCCCUAGACCCUCUGGGCCACAACUAUGGCGUCUACACGGUCACUGACCAGAGCCCACGGCUGGCCAAGGAGAUCGCCAUUGGCCGCUGCUUUGAUGGUUCCUCUGACGGCUUCUCCAGAGAGAUGAAGGCUGACACUGGCACAGCCGUCACCUUCCAGUGCCGGGAGCCACCGGCUGGACGACCCAGCCUCUUCCAGAGGCUGCUGGAGUCCCCGGCGACAGCACUUGGUGACAUCCGCAGGGAGAUGAGCGAGGUGGCGCAGGCACAGGCCCGGGCCUCAGGUCCCCUCCGCACCCGCCGGGGCAGGGUCCGGCAGUGA